AUGGUGGCCACCGGCAUGAUCAAGGACGCCAAGGCACCUCUCAACUCGACUGGUACAAGUGUGUGUCGCGGUUGUCAGCAAGGAAAGAUGGUCCAAAAACCAUUCCCAACCAACCGUGACAAACGCCAAUAUGGUGUGUUCGAGUUGCUGCACUUCGACAUCUGCGGGCCCAUGGAACAAGUCUCGAUCGGCGGCAGCAGAUACUUACUGCUUGUGGUUGACGAAGCCAGCGGUUGCAUGAAGGACUUCUGUCUGCGGUCCAAGUCUGAGAGUGAAGACUGUAUCAAGAACCACAUCAUCAAGAUUCAAACUCAGUUCGGCACGAAGAUCAAGUUUGUUCGGCACGAUGGAGCGCAUGAGUUUGCGACCAACUCCAUCAAGACCUUCUACGAAGAUCGUGGUAUUGAACAACAGAUCACGGUGCCGUAUGAACACCAGACCAACGGCACCGCAGAACGCGCUAUAAGGACCAUCGUCACGAUCGGACGCAGCUUGUUGCAUCAUGCAAAGCUGGAGAAGUGUUUCUGGGCUGAAGCGGCAAUGACGGCGAUCUACAUCAAGAACCGCCUGCCUUCACCCAAGAUCGACCACAAGACUCCGUUCGAGAUCGUGUACAAGUCGAAACCAAGUGUCAAGCACAUGCGCGAGUUUGGAUGUCGGGCGUUUAUCCUGAAACCAAGGGAGAAGCGAUUGAAGUGA